GGUGGAGGAACAGGAGGCGGCGGCGGAGGCAGUGGUGGCUGGGCGCGGGCCGCGCCGCUCAGGUGUCUAUUCCGCCUUCUGGUCUGGAUUUGGUUCCGUGUAUCUAGCAAGAAGGGGACUGCCUACACCUCGCCGGAUUCCUGGCCGAAGCGCGGAGCGGACUUUUACCGGAGGUGGAGUCUGUCAGUCCCGGCGGCGGACCGACGGACCGACGCCUGGGAGAGAGGGCGGCGGCCUCUGCGGAGGCGGGUCCCGAACUCCGGCUGCAGAGCAGCGCAGCGUUGGGGGGCAAGCAUGAGUCCCUGGGGACAGAAAGGGGGCUGCAGGGGCUGACCCUGAGCGGCGAGCGGCCUGGCCCAGCCAUCUUGACUGCGCACCGAGGCCCGAAAGGAAACUUGCUGUGCCGCCGCCCUCUGUGCCCGGCAAAGUCACCGCACCGUCCCCGGCGCCGCGUGGAGAAGUGGCCGGGCGCGCCGGAGAGAAAGCGAGCGAGAGAGGGACGAUGAGCGGGGGGCUAGCCACUGUGCUGCGAGAGGGCUGAGUUCGACCGACCCGGAGUCAUCAGGGCAGACUCUCGGGGACUGUGGUGCACGCCUGCGGCCACCCUCACUGCCGCUGCCCAGGCUUCGGGCCCCGCGGUGCGGACGCGUCCCGAGAAGGGACUAGGUUAACUGCAAGACACCCCCCCACCCCCUCACUCCGCCCGCCUUCCGGGAGAGGCAGCAAGGAGACCUGCAGGGCACCCGCUCUCCCCUUCUCCGGCUCCCUUGCCGUAUCCCCCGGCGCCCCUCCGCGUUCCGCCUGGAGGGCGAGGGCGCGGGGCCGAGGCGCGCAGCAUGGAGUGGGGUUACCUGUUGGAAGUGACCUCUUUGCUGGCCGCCUUGGCGCUGUUGCAGCGCUCGAGCGGUGCGGCGGCUGCCUCGGCUAAGGAGCUGGCUUGCCAAGAGAUCACCGUGCCGCUGUGCAAGGGCAUCGGCUACAACUACACGUACAUGCCCAACCAGUUCAACCACGACACGCAGGACGAGGCGGGCCUUGAGGUGCACCAGUUCUGGCCGCUAGUAGAGAUCCAGUGCUCGCCCGACCUCAAGUUCUUCCUGUGCAGCAUGUACACGCCCAUCUGCCUGGAGGACUACAAGAAGCCCCUGCCUCCUUGCCGCUCGGUCUGCGAGCGCGCCAAGGCCGGCUGCGCACCCCUCAUGCGCCAGUACGGCUUCGCCUGGCCCGACCGCAUGCGCUGCGACCGGCUGCCGGAGCAGGGCAACCCCGACACGCUGUGCAUGGACUACAACCGCACCGACCUCACCACAGCCGCACCCAAUCCGCCGCGCCGCCUGCCGCCGCCGCCCCCGGGUGAGCAGCCGCCCUCCGGCAGUGGCCACGGCCGCCCGCCCGGGGCCAGGAAGGUGGAGCCUGUGGGGGGCUCGUGCGCUGUUGCUGUGGGCGCUGGCGCGGGUGGCCCUGGCGGGCGCGGCGAGUACGAAGAACUGGGCGCUGUGGAGCAGCACGUGCGCUACGAGACCACGGGCCCGGCGCUGUGCACCGUGGUCUUCUUGCUCGUCUACUUCUUCGGCAUGGCCAGCUCCAUCUGGUGGGUGAUCCUGUCGCUCACAUGGUUCCUGGCGGCGGGCAUGAAAUGGGGCAAUGAGGCCAUCGCUGGCUACUCUCAGUACUUCCACCUGGCCGCGUGGCUCGUGCCCAGCGUCAAGUCUAUCGCCGUCCUGGCGCUCAGCUCCGUGGACGGCGACCCGGUGGCCGGCAUCUGCUACGUGGGCAACCAGAGCCUCGACAACCUGCGCGGCUUCGUGCUAGCGCCGCUCGUCAUCUACCUCUUCAUUGGCACCAUGUUCCUGCUGGCCGGCUUCGUGUCGCUCUUCCGCAUCCGCUCAGUCAUCAAGCAGCAGGGCGGCCCCACCAAGACGCACAAACUGGAGAAGCUCAUGAUCCGCCUGGGUCUCUUCACCGUACUCUACACCGUGCCCGCCGCCGUCGUGGUCGCCUGCCUCUUCUAUGAGCAGCACAACCGCCCGCGCUGGGAGGCCACGCACAACUGCCCGUGUCUGCGGGACCUGCAGCCAGACCAAGCGCGCCGGCCCGACUACGCCGUCUUCAUGCUCAAGUACUUCAUGUGCCUCGUGGUGGGCAUCACCUCGGGCGUGUGGGUCUGGUCCGGCAAGACUCUCGAGUCGUGGCGCGCCCUGUGCACCCGCUGCUGCUGGGCCAGCAAGGGUGCUUCGGGGGGCGCGGGCGCUGGGGCCGCAGGGGGGGUUGGGGUGCCGGGAGGUGGUGGGGGCGUGGGGUCCGGUGGGGGCGGGGUCCCGGGCGGUGGGGCGGGAUCCCUCUACAGCGACGUCAGCACCGGCCUGACGUGGCGAUCUGGCACGGCCAGCUCCGUGUCUUAUCCAAAGCAAAUGCCAUUGUCCCAGGUCUGAGAGGAGGGGAGGGGGCACCCGGAAGGAAUGGGGAGGGGGGCGAGGAAACCUAGUGCAGCGAAGGGACACUCGAUGGGCUGAGGUUCCCACCCCUUCACCGUGUUGAUUGCUAUUAGCAUGAUAAUGAACUCUUAAUGGUAUCCAUUAGCUGGGACUUAAAUGACUCGCUUAGAACAAAGUACCUGGCAUUGAAGGCUCCCAGACCCAGCCCCCUUUCCUCCAUUGAUAUGCGUGGAGCUCCUCCCGCCAGGCGUUAAUCUCUGUUGGCAGCGGAGGGUGGACUCUGCUGCUGCGUUUCAGAACGCAAGGUCUGUAGCCCUCGCUGGUUGCCAUUUGCUGAGCUUGAAGCCAGAGCUACAGAUUUCACCUGAGGGACCUGUUUUUCUCCCUCUACUCUCCUACGUAAAUUCUUACUCCUAACAUAUCCUAGAGGAGGGAUGACCGCGACCUAAUGGAAUUGCACGGUUUGGGUAUUCUUAAUGACCAGGCAAAUGCCUUAAAUAAACAAACAAGAAAUGUCUUAAUUAUACACCCCAAGUCAAUACGGGUUUCUUACAUUAGAGGAUGUAUUUAUAUAAUUAUUUGUUAAAUUGUAAAAAUGUGUAAAAUAUGUACAUAUUCAAAGAUAUACAGUCUGUACAUUUUUUUUGUAAAAAGUUUAGAGGCCACCCCUGUAAGAACAAAUAUAAGUAUUCUAUUUUGUCAAUAAAAUGACUUUUGAUAAAUGAUUUAAACAUCGCCCUCUCCCCCUGCCUCUUCUAAGCUGUUACCUUUAAAGUGCUUGCUAAGGACACGCUGGAAAAAAUGGACAUUUUCUGGUUUCUCAUUUUGUACUCUGACCUUAGGCAUGGAGAAAAUGACCUGUUAAACUCUAGUUCUUAAGUUGUUAGCAAAGUAAAUAUCACUGUUGAACUGAAAUCAAAAUUGAGUUUUUGCACCUUCCCCAAAGAUGGUGUUUUUCAUGAGAGCUCUUUUCUGAUCCAUGGAUAACAACACUCACCUUAGUGUAUGUAAGUGGAACUUUUGCAAGGCAAUAAUUGCACUCAGGCCUUGUUAUUUAUCUUGUAUAAUAUGACUAAAGGCUUCAAAACCCCGCAUUUAUUUCUUGGCGUGCCUGAUUUUGAAAGCACCUGGGUUUUCAGGGACUGAACACACUGCUGAAGUGCAGACGUUAAUGUUUUAAACCAUCGAUCGCACUUUACAGUGUAAGUCACUUGACUAUCUGGUAGCGGAGCAGGCGUUCUUUAAUGGAUUAAACUAACGGGUUAACAUCUUAAUAACCUUCCAGGCUUGUGUAUAUCAAAUGUGCUUCUUUUUCUAGAGAAAAAGCUAUUGUUCCUCUGUCAAGACUAAGCUAAUUUAUUUGAGCAGAAGGCUGUUGAAUUAGCAGAAGAAUGCUUUGGCAAUUGUUGAACUUUUUACCUGUCUGCCCAGUGGCCCAGCACAUCAUUCCUUUAAGAGGAGCUAAAUGAAUAGGGUUAAUCUGUAGGGAACUUGGUCUUUUGAGUUUGAAAAACUUUGAUCUUUUCUCCUCUCCAAAUGUGCUGUAUAGUCUGAAGUUUCUUUCCCUGCUGCCCGGCUCCUCUUGGUGCAGACCAAUUGGCCACCGCGGAGCCUUAAAGUUCUUCCAUUAAAGGGAUGUGGGACUUUUACUUUAAAAAGGAGAGAGAGCGAGGGAGAGGAAGACUUGUAACAGUUAGUGAAGACCAGAGGCACAAGUGCGCUCAGCCUUUUAAACAGCUUUUCCCGGCAUUGUUAGCCAGCCUGCAGGCAGCUAGGCAUGGGUUGAAGCAUUAUAGAAAAGGGCUCUGAAUGCCCUACAGGUGGUCUGUGCACAUAAUCCCCCAAUUUAAAGCGUUUUCCUUUGCUGGACAAUUGCAUUACAAAACUCCCUUCUUUUUCGCCCCUAAUUGAACCAAUGAACUAUUAUAAACUACAAGUUUUUCUU